AUGGUAGCCCCUGUCAGAGCCAUCCCCAAUGCCGCCAAGCGGGCUUCCAGCCUGCUCCGCACAAUCCAGUACACCCAUCCGCCGACGUGCCCAUGCCACUCCACGCCGGGCUACCACCAAUCGCCCCCGAGCCUCACCCCCCGCGCCCUCCAGUCGGGCACGCGCCGCUAUGCCAACUCCAUCCGCAGCACCGAGCUCAAGGAGUAUGCCUUUGAGAUGGCUGCCUCGUCCAUCCGCUUCGGCCCCGGCGUCACGCGCGAGGUCGGCAUGGACUUUAAGAACAUGGGCUCCAAGCGCGUCUGCGUCGUCACCGACUCCACCGUCGACAAGCUCGACGCCAUGAAGCAGGUUCGCCAGGCGCUCACCAGCGAGGGCAUCAACUUCAAGGUCUACUCCAACGUCCGCGUAGAGCCCAAGGAUAGUUCCAUCAAGGAGGCCAUCGAGUGGGCAAGGCCAUACCAGCCCGAUGCCUUCCUUGCUGUCGGCGGCGGCUCUGUCAUCGACACGGCCAAGCUCAUGAACCUCUAUUCGGCCUACCCUGACGCCGACUUUCUCGACUUUGUCAACGCCCCUCUUGGAAAGGGUCGUCCCGUCGACAAGCCCCUCAAGCCCCUCGUUGCCGUUCCCACGACCGCCGGCACCGGCAGCGAGACGACCGGAACCGCCAUCUUUGAUCUCGUGGCCAAGCGCGCCAAGACGGGCGUCGCGCAUCGCAACCUGAAGCCCACGCUCGGCAUCUGUGACCCCAUCAACACGAGGACGAUGCCCGCUGCCGUCAAGGCCAGCUCCGGUCUCGACGUCCUCUGCCACUCUCUCGAGUCAUGGACCGCCAUCCCCUACACCGAGAGAACGCCCCGGCCCCGGAACCCCAUCAUGCGGCCCGCGUACCAGGGUGCGAAUCCCAUCUCCGAUGUCUUUUCCUUCCAUGCCCUCCGCAGUACCGUCAAGUACUUGCCCCGUGCCAUCAGGGAUCCCGACGACUUUGAGGCGCAAAGUGAGAUGCUGCUCGCUGCCACUCUUGCCGGUGUUGGUUUUGGCAACGCAGGCGUACACCUAUGUCACGGCAUGUCUUAUCCCAUCUCCGGCCAGAACCCGGGAUACAAGCACGCGGGCUACGACGUGACAGCCCCCUUGAUCCCCCACGGCGUCUCCGUGGCGGUUUCGGCCCCGGCCGUGUUUAGGUUCACGGCGGCGUCAAACCCGGAGCGGCAUCUCCAGGCGGCCGAGGUGUUUGGUGUCGAUGUUUCCAACGUCAAGAGGGAGAGCGCGGGUGAAGUCUUGGCCGAGGCUCUGACGAAAUUCCUCGCUGAGCUCGGUGACCAGCCCAAGGGAUUAAAAGAGCUGGGAUUCGGAUCUGAGCAUAUCGACGAGCUUGUCGAGGGGACCAUUCCGCAGGCUCGCGUGUUGAUGCUGGCUCCAGGUCUCUCAAAGGAGCUCGAGGCCGAAAAGGACCAGCUACGAAGGCUGUUUGAAGACGCCAUGAGCCACUAG